GUCUACGAUCCCUGUCCAGCCGGCUGUUCAAAAUGAAUCUUCUAGCUCGAAGCUCACUUCUGCCGCGCAUCAGUAUUAGUCGUAGCGCGAUCAUCGCUAGUAGCAAUAUCAAUAACACCACCGGUACUUAUCUUUUUUCGGCUGAUAACAAACAAUCAGUGUCUAAUACUGACUUCAAACGACAUUUCUCCAAGUCGGCGCUUAGCAAUAUGAAGUUCGUUCAGUUCAAAACCGGUUCCGCGAGCAGCCAGCGAUUGGGUGUGCUAUCGGAGGAUGGCAGCAAAGUUUCCGACAUCACGGAAAGCUUUUCCGGAGAUCUGAUCCAGCUGAUCAAGUCCGGUACGUCGUUGGAUGCCGUGAAGGCGAAACUCGGCCAAGCCAAACAGUUGGCGACGAGUGAUGUGAGCUUGCUGGCUCCGGUUACCAAUCCGCAGAAGAUUCUGUGCGUUGGACUAAACUAUCGGGGCCAUUGCGAGGAACAGAACAAGCCCAUUCCGAAGGAACCGAUGUUCUUUAGCAAGUAUGCUUCGACGAUCGUUGGGCCGUUCGAUGGAGUUGUGGCGCACAAGAUUACCGAUCAAAUCGACUGGGAGGUUGAGCUGGCGGUCGUCAUCGGUAAGGAAGCCAAACACGUGUCCAAGGCGAAUGCGAUGGAUUACGUGUUCGGGUACACGGUAGCUCAGGACAUUUCUGCUCGCGAUUGGCAAAAGACCCGCAACGGAGGGCAGUUUCUGAUCGGUAAAUCGAUGGAUACGUUCUGUCCGCUGGGACCGGCAGUCGUUCACAAAUCUCUGAUUAAGGAUCCGCACAAUUUGAGCAUCAAGUGUGACGUCAACGGAGUUGAGAAGCAAAAGGGAAAUACGAGCGAGUUGGUUUUCAGGAUCGAUGAUAUUAUCGAACGGGUUACGCAAUCAAUCACACUGCUGCCUGGGGAUGUCAUUCUGACUGGAACACCUGCCGGUGUUGGAAUGCACCGCAGCCCACCGGAGUUCCUGAAAUCCGGAGACGUGAUCGAUAGCGAAAUCGAGUCGAUUGGAAAGAUCAAGAACAAGGUUGUGGCUGAUCAAUAAGUCAAAAGAAGUUGUGCAAUUCGAAACGGGAAAUGAAUAAAGUUUUAUCGAUUUA